AUGAUGCUCACUAUCGCAUUCUUUACUAGUAGGGUUUCGAUUGUGAUAAGUCCACUUUACUGUAGGAGUUGAGAUCGAGUUGGCAACCCUUGUGAACCACGUGGUAUCACAAGAUUAAGCAGAAAAUGCUUUUAUACUGUGAUGCAAGAUGUGACUGCAUAUCAAAAGUUGAUCACGGCCUUGAAAAUCCGCAGUAUUUCAAGGUUUUGCACUAUUCAUGCCGUGUAAUAAUUAAAUAUCUGAGACCCAUUCAACUGGACUACUCUGGUGGAGCGUCAGGAAUGACGUACUGAGAAUCUUGUAGUCCAAGGCUGGUCCGCAGUCACAUUGGACUGCACUUUGGCUGAAGAUUUUCUCCGUUUUCAGUUUGUUGCUCAACUUGAUGUCGCACACUGCAGAUCCUGCAAAUUGAUGACGUAAUCGGUCUGAUUGAUUUGGCUCAUGGUGGUUUCAAUGAAGGUUGUUAGCGACUAGGGGUUUGAGUUCCUCGCCAAGGUUGAGGAAAUCGAGUGGAUGAGAUGGAUCUCCAGUCGUGGAAGGAGUGCUGCUUGGACGAAUUCCCCGAGGUGAAGUCAUUCGAGAAGUUCAUAAUGACAAAGUCUUCUCCUGAUACACAGGUAGAUGGCUCCAGCGAAAUUCUUGACAUGGAAGAGCGCAAGUACCGACACCUCUUACGAGAACUCAAGCGGGAGCCCCUGAUUGAGAGAAGUUGCAUUCGUGAAGCGGUGAAGGCUUCUAGCACAGACAACUAUCCCGAGGAGAGUAUCGACCAGACCUUGUACACCGAAGGCGUCCUCUCCGAUCAGCAAACACCAUCGUAUUGGUCGAGUUCGGGGCAGGGGGAUGUGAAUUGGCCGGAGACUCUCACCUACAACCUGGUAUCGGAUCUUUGUGUGAUCUAUGAGGUUCGCAUUCACCCCUUCCGAGCGUUUUUUCAAUUUGGCCAGCCCAUAUACUCGGCCAAGAACGUUCGCAUUCGUCAUGGCCAUGCCAUUAAAUCAUCACCAACACCUGAGAGUGCUUCUGCAAUAGAGGUUCCCUACGUGUGCACAUACGAGUCACCAGAAUUCGCCAUGGAACAGGUGGAUUCCUUGCAAGUUUUCAAGUUACCACGGCCUAUUCUGUGCAUUGGAGGUGUUAUGCAAGUGGAACUUCUAGGUCGUGUGCAGACUCAGCAGAUGGACAAUCUUUACUACAUCUGCAUACAACAUGUAAGCGUGGUAGGAAGGCCACUGUCUGGUUUCAAACUCCACCCCUUUGAAGAGCAGCGUAAAUUUACACUAGAGUAUUGUGGGCACGACAAGCUGCUUGAGCCUGAUAACGUACCGUAUCUCAGCAGCGGUAAAGGGAAUCCGACCCAAUUUAGGAAGUUCCAGGGAACGUCGUCCCAACCGAAUCUUAAGUCGACUUCUAAACGCAAUUUGAUGCUGGAUGUCUUGGAUCAAAUUCCUCGUCAGCCGAGCCCUGUCAGUGUCCCGUUGAUUAAUAAUAGUGGCACAUCAUCCUCAGGCAGCAUCGAAGGUGGGGAAUCUCAGUUUAGAAAGUAUGAGGGAGGUCUUCCUGAUGCUGAGCCUGAAUUAACUCCGAAGAGAAAUUUGAUGCUGGAUAUCAUGCGGCAGAUUUCAUCUCAAAAGAACUCUACUUACUCUGGGAAUUUUGUCAAAAAUGUUCGGGCGCCCGAGGGAGACAGAAUCGCAGAGGCUUGAGAACCUACGUGGCCAGCUUCCCCUUGUCGCAUGAAAAUUUUGAGGUCUUCCUCCAGCAAAAUAAAGAAGCCGACAUGGAAGAAGUAGCGGAAGCCAAUCGUUAUGAAGAUUUGUUUGGCCCGUUGUAUGGUAAUUCUGGAUUGUUAGGAGUCAUUUGAGCAUGUAAAGCCUUGCUAUCAUUUAACAGGAUUACAUUUGGAUUAAUUUUCGGCAAUUAUUCUCGUGAGAGUUUGCUUGAGGACCGAGAAAAUUAGCCAGAAAUUUAAGAUUUCUGUGAGCUUCAAAGAAAGGGAGUGUAAAUGUCUGCAAGUUAGUCCAAAUGGAAAUGUAAUGCUUGUUCUCGCCUUCGAUUUUGUUGAGUUGAUUACCAAGUUGUUCAGUACGCUUUUAGAUGGAGAGGUAGAGGUUUAUUUUACUGGAAGGAGUGGUUAGACAGUUAACUUAUUGAAAUACACAUGAUAUCGAAGUGAA